GCUGUCUUGCUUCUUUGUCUGCCAUAUAUGGCCCUUGGUUACAUCUACGGCAAGUGUGAACUUGCGCGUGAUUUGCUUGCCGAAGGUGUUCCUCAGGAGGAAAUGCACAAAUGGGUAUGUAUGGCUGAAUAUGAAUCAAGUUUCGACACGAGCGCCAUUCAUGAUAAUAAGGGACGGACGUCGACGGACUAUGGCAUAUUUCAGAUUAACAGUCAAUGGAACUGCGAUCCCGAAGAUGGUAGAUCUACACGUAACGGUUGUGGACAUCCCUGUUCCGACUUUCUAAACACGGAUUUGAGUGACGACGUGGCUUGCAUAAAACAACUCAAGAGAGAACACAACGGAUUCCGUUUCUCGUAUGCUUACAGGGCGCGUUGUCGGCGUGUCACAAGUAGGUACCUUUCGGAGUGCUAGUAGAUUCCUAUGGGAUUGCGGCCGUUCAGUGUUUUGUUAAAAAUCGAAUGCCCAACACAAGGACGCGACUGCUGUGUGAAAACACGUGACAAACAUAAGACUUUUAUAAAGAAAAUCAUACAUCAUUGAUGUUUUUAAGUUGGUGUGAAAAUAUUGUAAAAUAUUAUUACUAACCC